AUCUGUAGUAGAAGUAUACAUAUAAGAAUAAUUCUCCUCAAUCCAAAAACUAUCAUAGACUAGUGCCGGCGGCCCCUACGUAUAUCAGUGGUAAUAAUUAGACAAUUAAAUGUGUUAAGCCGCAAUGGAGUUUCUACGCGCGAACGAAUCCUUGGAAGACUUUUAUAUGCGAUGUACGAACUUGAGCGUGUUCGACUGUAGUGAAGAAGAAAUGCUAUGGUGCAUGAUGGGGCCGAGGCGACUGCCAUUGUCGAGAAUAAUACCGAUCACAGUAUUUUUGUUGGUAAUAUUUGUGACGGGCGUCAUAGGAAACGUGGCAGUGUGCGAGGUCAUAGUGCGACACCCGGCGAUGCAUACAGACACCAAUUAUUACCUCUUUAGCUUGGCAUUGAGCGAUCUUCUCUUAUUGCUGUUUGGUCUGCCGAAUGAUCUCUCCGUGUACUGGCAUCAGUAUCCCUACAGUUUGGGUGUCGUCUUUUGCAAACUUCGUGCUCUAAUAUCUGAAGCGGCCUCCUACGUCUCCGUUCUAACGAUUGUCGCCUUCACGUUGGAGCGCUAUCUGGCAAUUUGUCAUCCGCUGCAUAUCUACGCCGUGGCAGGGCUGCGGCGGGCCUUAAGGAUCGUGCUAGUUCUCUGGGUCCUGUCUCUGCUGGCCGCUUCACCUUUUGCACACUACACCACUGUCAACUACCACGAGUAUCCACCAGCGUCUGGAAAUGCAUCUUUGGAGUCUGCGUUCUGCGCCAUGUUGGAGCUGCCUUCUUGGUACAUUUGCGAGCUGAGUAGCUUCUUCUUCUUUAUCCUGCCAGGCCUCAUCAUUCUCUGUCUGUACGUGCGAAUGGGCUUGCGCAUUAGGUAUGUCAUGGGGUCCACUCACAGCCACAAUCCUGGCUGCCCGGGUACUUUAAAUGGAGUUAAUGGAAGUGUUCACGGCGAGGCGAGGCAGGCGCAGUCUAGGAAGAACAUUAUUCGAAUGCUUGCGGCUGUAGUGAUAGCUUUCUUCGUGUGCUGGGCUCCAUUCCACUUCCAACGUCUGUUCUUUAUCUACGGCAGCAGCGCGGAGCACUACCACACUGUUAACGAGUAUCUAUUCCUGGCUGCUGGAGUAUUCUACUACAUAUCUGCUACUGUCAACCCUAUACUCUACAAUAUUAUGAGUCAUAGAUAUCGGAUUGCGUUUAAGGAGACUCUCUGCUGCCGCAAGGUUCGGCGCAAGAAGAGCCGUUAUAGAGACACCUCCAGUGUCCAUGAGACAGUGGUGAAUCACACUUCGGAAGGUACCCAAUUAGUUCGCGUGCGAUCCCAAAGUCACGAAAGGCGUUCUCGUUCGGAGCGCCCGCGUCGCAAUAGUUACUACGGGGCGAAGCCCUACACACAACACCGCUGCAAGGACCGAAGAUCCAACGGAGUCUGGAGGGCAAACGAGCAUAAGGAGUACCUUUAAUUUACUGAUUAAUUAAUUUCAUACGUCAAUAUCGAGACGAUUAUUUUGUAAUUGUUUGUGUCUUUUUUAUUAUGUAUUUUACUACCUAUACGUACUUGUUUAAGUGAUCUUGUAUUUUCGUAGGCUUUACCUGAAUUCAUAUAGUAUAUAAUAAGAAACAAUGUCAUGGUUGUAUUUCAAAUAAAGCACAUUAACCUCAUUUCACAAGAUAUAUACAAAGACGUAUAAGUAUAAGUAUACAGUAAAUGUGUGUGUGUUAUUAAAAUCGCACACGCAUCUAAAUGUAUCGCUAAUUUUAGAGCAAAUACUUUUACUUUUGUCUGAAAGAUGAUUUAAAUAUAUUAGAUAUAUUUGGUAAGAAUUGAACUAGUCAUAGUUAUAUUACUACUUAUCUCAAUAUCUUAAAGUUUAUUUUUGCUGUCUCUUGUAAAUAAAGUUGUAAUGUAACAAAAAUAAAAACUAAUCUAGUUAUUUGUUACUAGAAGCACUUAUUUUGUAUAAACUUUAUGAACAAAUUUCAAAUUUAGUAAACAUUUUUAAAGCCAUUCUUUAACAAUGAAC